AUGACCAAAAUAGAGAAAGUAAAAAACUUCCCACAACCUAUAAAUAUUACUGAGUUACGAGGAUUCUUGGGACUUGCAUUCUAUUACCGAUGCUUCAUCCAAGGAUUUUUUAACAUUGCUGAACUGAUGCAUAAGCUAUUGAAGAAAGACCAACGCUAUAAAUGGACAAAAAAACAUGAAGAAGCAUUCCAAAAAUUAAAAGAAAAACUCAUUGAUGCGCCUGUAUUACUGUACCCAAAUUUCAAAAACAAGUUUAUCCUCGCUACUGACGCAUCAAAACUUGGACUAGGCGCUAUUCUUUCACAACUCGACCCAGACAGAAACGGACGACAUAUCGCAUACGCAAGCAGAGAAUUAUCACCCGCUGAACAAAAUGAUGCCGUUCACGAAAUGGAAUAUUUAGCCAUCAUAUGGGCAGUCAAGUACUUCCGACAAUAUUUGUUGGAACAAAGAUUUGACCUAAUAACCGACCACGUUGGAUUAAAAUGGUUAAUAACAAAAUUCAACCCAACUGGAAGAACAAUGCAAUGGAUCAUCAUACUUCAAGAAUAUGAUUUUGAGAUCAUCUACAAGCCUGGUUGA